AGGGUGGAAGCUGUCAUCGUAAUGGUAAUUCAUAGCUGGGUAGCCAUGGAAGUCAAUUUCCCCCUCCCUCUGCCACUGCUGAAUGCAUUAGUCUAAUGAGAUGUCUGCAGCCUGUGUGCCGAGCAGCAGCAGCAGCAGUGUAUUAACCAAAAAGAGGACAAGGAAAAAGCUAGAGCAAGAUGGCUUUCCCUUCAUUGUUAGGAAUUUAGCUUUACAGUCACCUUUAGGCUCCUGGAACAUAAGACAAAAGGGCUUGGCUCUUGGGCUUUCACAAUAGAAGACAGCAGCUCCAAAUGAGUGUACCUUCAGCGACGGCACAGAAAUCAGACAGCAACAGUGACAUGCAAUCAGCUGCAGUAGCUCCCUCCUUCAUCCCCAGCCAGUCGGGGAAGAUACCGGGCAGGAAGAGAGGGAGACCCCCGCUCCGCAAUGUCGCCAAGAUGGAUUUUCCAAAUUGCUACCCUGAGUCGCUCCCUCCACUCAAAGUGCCAAAGAAGAGGGGGAGAAAGCCGGGCUUCAAGCUCAAACCCAGGAUGGUGAUGACACCGUUGGCUAUCUCUCCACCCAGCAGCACCCCUGAGCCCGAUAUGAGCUCCAUUCCUCAGGAUGCCGCCACCAUCCCCCACUCUGCCACGCCCCAGGUGCUUACAGUCUGUAUCUACAUCAACAAGCAGGCCAACACGGGCCCCAACCUGGACAGGAAGAAGAUCCAGCAGCUCCCUGAUCACUUCGGACCCGACAGGCCCUCUGUGGUGCUGCAGCAGGCCGUCCAAGGCUGCAUCGACAGCGCCUUCCUGCAGAAAACCGUGUUCACGCUCCUCACACAAGGCUACGGUGGAGAAAAAAUAUCAGCCACAUUCGAUGGGAAGCAGCACCUUCUCAGCCUCCCUGUAGUCAACAGUAUCGACUAUGUGCUCCGCUUUCUGAAGAAACUCUGCCGCAGCUUGCACUGUGAAAACCUCUUCAGUGAUCAGCCCAUUACCCAGCACAGUGGUGGCUCCUACCAGUCAGACGCUGAAACGUCUAUGGCCGAGGACUACCAGUCCGAUGGCAAACGCUACUCCGUGGACCCCGGCGAUUCUGCUUUCAGCUCCAUAAGCUCGUCCUACUCGCCAAAGACCUCGUACGGGUUUCGUUCGACGCAGCAGUUCUCCAACGGCUCGGCCUCCAUGAGCAUGUGCAGGCAGUCGUCCACCAGCCCAAACACGUUCCCAGAGAGCAACAGGACAGGAGGUUAUAAUGCAUCUCCAGAGUCCCAGGAGGCCAAGGCUCCACCAAAUAAAGACCCAUCCACCUGGUCUGUGGAAGAUGUUGUCUGGUUCAUCAGGGAUGCAGACCCCCACGCUCUCGGCCCCCAUGCAGACGUCUUUAGGAAACAUGAGAUUGAUGGAAACGCUUUGUUACUCCUAAAAAGCGACAUGAUCAUGAAGUACCUUGGACUGAAGCUGGGGCCGGCCUUGAAGCUUUGCUACCACAUCGACAAACUAAAGCAGACUAAGUUCUGAAUACCUUCUACGAUAUAUUUCCCCCUCCUUGAAUCCAACAAUACAUUUGAGAAGGGACUCCAGGUCGGUAAGCCAAUAGGAAGAGGGUAGGACCCUUGAGGCACUCAAUUCAAUUCAAUUUUAUUUAUAGUACCAAAACAUAACAAAAGUUAUCUCGAGACACUUUACAGAUAGAGUAAGUCUAGACCACACUCUAUCAUUUAAAAAAGCCCAAAAAAUUCUAGUAAUUCCCCCAAGAGCAAGCAGUGUGACAGUGGUGAGGAAAAAGAAGAGGAAACCUCAGACCGACCCAGGCUCUUGGUAAGCGGUGUCUGAGGGUCCCGGUUGGGGGGGUGUACAGUGGCAAUAAUAGUCACAAUAAAGAUAAUGGAACAGUGACUACAAAUGGUAAUCAUAGUAGUUCAUGUCAUAGCAGGGCGUGACAGGGUGUAGCGUGGCAUAGCAGAGCAUAGGUGGACGUAGCGGGAUGUAGCACGGUUCAGCAGGAGGCAGCAGGACAUCGCAGAGCGUAGCAUAGUGUAGUCGGGGGUGCAGCAUAACCACGGCGACAGCAUAAGGUGCAUCACUUCCUUUUUCUGCCGUAAAAGUAUAAAAGCCAAUGGGUUGCUACUUUUACGUUAAUUUAACUACUUAAAGCUCAGAAAGCGAUGGUAUUUGUGACUUCUAAAAUAUACUAUAAGUGAACUAAUAAUUUAAAAAAAUGCUGCACAAAAAGUGACUUGUUUAAGAAUUACUGCGCAGAUAUGACUUUAUUUUCAGUUAUAUUCAAAGACCUUUGUAACCAACACAUGCGUUUAAAAAUUAGCCAGGUGAGAAAAGUAGGAGCAGUGUAAGGUCCAACUUAAUGCUGGCAUUACAGGGUUAACAUAAAUGUUAGCUUCUCCAGCCUGCACGUUAUGUAACGUCAAACACGUUAUAUUUUCAGGAUAUAUAUAUGUUAAAGUAUUUAUGUCCAGGCUAACACACUAUAAAAAGAGAAUUUAAUGGAUUUUUUUUUACCUUACCUUAUCACCAAAAACUAAAUUUUUGGGCCAUUUGGGAGCAGAGGAAACAAGUUGUGAACUCCCCAUUUCACUUUUUUUUAUUGAUAUUGCAAACUUGAUUAACAAUAGUUGCUAAUUUACACAUCCAACAAGUAAACAGCAACAUUAUCACUGAUUUGGAGUCAUGCUUUAGGCCACCUCAUGAAUGUAAGCCUAAUAUCAACGCUCUUUGUUUUAGUUUUGGUCUCCACUAACUCCCGAGGGAAAUAUCUAGCUCUUUAGCUGCUAAAUGCCCCACUAUGUUCACCAGCUAGUCUCUAACUGUGCCUGUCUACUGUUUGGUGCUGAGCAUGUAGUGUACAGUGGGCUUUUACAACAAACAGGUGCCUGGUGAGAGUAAACACAAAGAAUAAAGGUAUGGCCAGACCUGCGCCUCCCUGUAAAGCAAAGAGAAGCUGCUGAUUCAGGUGAUAUUUCUCGGCUGAUCGCUACGAAGGAACCCUUUCACAUAAUCACACUGUUUUUACGUUCUCAUUGAUUAUAAGAUGAAUUCUAGUCCCUUAAAAGUAUGUAGCAGAAAAAUUCGGAAUAUUCAAAAAUGGUUAGAUGGGGGGGGGGGGGCUGAAGGAAGUGCCACAUCUGUGUCACAUACCUGAAGCCUUACUCUUUUCCCAUUGGUUCGCGGACAUGCCAGACGUGAGGUCCACAGUUGUACCCUCUUGGUACAUUUUGCUAAAGAUUUCCAUGAUGUCAUGUAGUGAUAAUAACAAAUUCACCCCCCUCUUUCUCUCUCUUCUCUUACUUACUCUACUUUUGGCACAUAUUUUGAACUGAAAACUGUCAGAGUGUGGAAUGCAUCCUUCAUACACAUCUGUUUAAGAAGGCCAAGUAAGAUAAAGGUUUUGUCUCACAAACCUUCAUGAGCAGCACAUCUGUCUGCUGCAUGCAGAUUUCUUUAUAUAUGCUAUACAUUCAUCAUCUGACAAGAAAUGUAUAACAGAAAACACUUAAUAUACCUUAAGAAACUCUCAGUUUGUCAAAUCUCACUAUAGGAUCUCAUGUUUACCAAGCUGAAAUCAUAUCUAUAACUGAGAAAUGGUGCAUUACGGCAAACGGUACAUUUCUUUUUGAUUGACAGAUUUAGAAAAUCAUUUUGAUACUAUUUUUUCACAUUACUAAAGUUAUGUUCCCAUUGGAUUUGUCACUUUUUUAUUAUAAUUUUAAUAUAAAAAAACUAUAACCCAACAUAAAAAGACAGUAGCUCUCUUGUUAAUAUAUAUAUAUAUAUAUAUAUAUAUAUAUAUAUAUAUAUAUAUAUAUAUAUAUAUAUAUAUAAAGAAGAAUGAGAGCAUUGUGAACGUGAUAUAUUUAUGUUUCAAUAUGCAAGAUUGUUACAUGCCAGUUAUCUCUAUAGGCUCUUUAUGUAUACUCAUGAGAAGGUUUUUUUAAAUUCAUGUGUUUCUAUGUUUUUAUUAAGCAUCAGUGUUAAUAUGGAAGCUGUCAAAACACACUAAAUGUUACACUGAGAAAACCUAAAUGGCCAUGUAAAUGGGUAUAUAAUAUAGUAUUGCUUUUGUAUACCACUUUUGGUGUACAGUAUGCAUCCUUUUUUAAUCAAUUAACCUUUGUAAGUGAAUGCUGCUGUAAAGAUAUUACAUGUAAGCCAUGCCUAGUGAGAUCAAGCUAAGGUGUUUUAUUUUGAAAAUCACUAUGACUAAGAGUUUUAGAGAACGCUGAGUGGAUCAGUACUCUAUGCUGGUGCUAAAAGUUAUCUAUGUAUUUAACUACUUGCUUUUGUGUUUGUGAGAUGUAAAGGAAAUCUUAUGUGUAUACCGUACUGUAUGUGAGCAUUAAAUUAAGAAAUCAAGUAA